AUGCUUGUGGAUAAUACUGGAAAAGAAAAUGUGGUAAGGGACUCCGAAGUUGAACCCAAAAAAGGGAAAAAUGACGAGGAUUUGGGUUUUGAAGAAGACAUACUUCGAAAUCCUUUUUCUCUAAGAAGCUGGCUUCGUUAUAUAGAACAUAAGAAGAAACAUGAUAAGUCACUGAAGCAGAUAAACUUGGUAUAUGAAAGGGCCCUUAAGGAGUUACCUGGAAGUUACAAACUCUGGUACAGCUAUCUUCGAUUUCGCCGCAAAUUAGUAGCUGACAAAUGCCCUACAGACCCUGCCUAUCAAAGGUUGAACAACGUCUAUGAGCGCGCCUUAGUUUUCAUGCAUAAAAUGCCUCGGAUUUGGAUGGAUUACUGUGAGUUGAUGACACAACAACGGUAUAUUACAUCAACACGGAGAGUGUUUGAUCGUGCGUUGAGGGCAUUACCAGUUACGCAGCAUGAUAGAAUUUGGCCUCUGUAUAUCAAAUUUGUUACCAGCCAUAAGAUUCCUGAGACAACAAUUCGGGUCUAUAGAAGAUGCUUAAUGUUGUUCCCUGAGUACCGUGAAAAUUUUGUGGAUUACUUAAUCGGUAUUGAUCGUGUCGACGAGGCUGGUCAGCAGCUCGCAAUACUUGUAAACGACGACAAAUUGGUAUCGCCAAAUGGCAAAACUACUUAUCAGUUGUGGACAGAGCUUUGCGAAUUGAUAUCAAAAAAUCCCAAUAAGGUUCAUUCAUUAAAUGUUGAUGCAAUCAUUCGUCAGGGCAUACAGAGGUACACUGACCAAGUUGGUUCUUUAUGGUGUGCUCUCGCUGAGUAUUAUAUUCGCGCGGGACGUUUUGAAAAGGCGCGAGAUGUGUACGAGGAAGCCAUUGUAACAGUAAAAACUGUACGAGAUUUUACUCAAGUAUUCGACGCAUAUUCACGGUUCAGUGAACGUGCUACAUGUGCCAAGAUGGAUAUGAUUGAAAAAGAAGGAAGUGACGAGGAGUCACGCCUUGAACUUGAGUUGCUAUUUGAAUAUCUGUUGGAAAGACGUCCCUUACUGCUUAGUAGCGUUCUUCUGCGACAGAAUCCACACAAUGCACAUGAGUGGUUAAACCGUGUAGAAUUAUUCAAAGGCAAUAAAGCAAAACAAAUCGAGACCUUUAACGAAGCGGUUGCAACCGUAGAUCCUAAGUACCAGACCGGUAAACUUUCAAAUAUCUGGAUUAAAUUCGCAAAGUUUUAUGCAGAAGAAGGAGAUAUUGAGAAGGCUCGCGAGACUUUCGAAAAGGGUUUGCAAUCUAACUAUGUUAAAGUCGAUGAUCUGGCGACUGUUUGGUGUGAGUAUGUUGAAAUGGAACUGAAACUAAAAAAAUUAAUGCAACGUGCUACAGCAAUACCUCCACGUAGGAGUCACUAUUUUGAUGAGUCGGAACCUGUCCAGUUUAGGGUUUACAAGUCACUAAAGGUAUGGUCGUUAUGCGCCGAUAUUGAAGAGGCUUUCGGCACUUUGGAGGAUUGUCAAGCAGUAUACGAACGAAUAAUUGAUCUUCGUAUUGCAACGCCGCAGAUUAUAAUUAACUAUGCCAAAUACUUGGAAGAAAACAACUAUUUUGAAAAUGCAUUUGCGGCUUAUGAAAAAGGAAUAGCACUUUUUAAAUGGCCUAUUGUUAACGAAAUAUGGCAUGCGUACUUGGUCUCAUUCUUAAAACGAUAUGGAGGUAAAAAGCUAGAGAGGGCUCGUGAUCUUUUUGAGCAAUGUCUGGAGAACUGUCCGCCAAAGUUUGCUAUGUGCUUUUACCUAUUGUAUGCAAAGCUUGAAGAGGAACAUGGUUUGCCGCGACAUGCUAUGAACAUUUAUAGCCGUGCCACUACUGCUGUAGAAAGAAGUCAGAUGUACAAAGUAUUUAAUAUUUAUAUUAAAAAGGCAAUGAGUAUGUAUGGUAUGACGCAGACGAGACCAAUCUUUCAAACUGCAAUUGAAAUGUUACCUGAAGAUGAGUCUCGGAAGAUGAGCAUUCGUUUUGCCCAGAUGGAAAGGACUUUGGGAGAAAUUGAUCGAGCACGAGCCAUUUAUGCACACUGUUCUGAAAUUUGCGAUCCUAGAGUGCAUGGGCAGUUCUGGGAAACAUGGAAAGAGUUUGAAAUAAAACACGGAAAUGAGGAUACAGUUAGAGAGAUGCUUCGUAUAAAACGUUCUGUCCAAGCUGCUUAUAAUGCUAACGUGAAUAUAAUGAGUGCACAGAUGUUGGUGUAUCAUUGGUAUAAAACAGUCCAUUUUAUAGCGGAAGCAGCAGGAGACAGUAUGGUACUGCUGGAAGCACGCGCACAAAAAAUAGCCGAAGAAGAGGGUGGUUUCAAACCUGUUGUUGGCAACAGCCAAAUAAGAUUUGUUCGUGGGGAAGGGCAAACAACUAAGGACGAUACGGCUGAAAAUCCAGAUGAGAUAAAUAUUGAAGACGAUGAAGAUGAUGGUAAGCAAAUUCUUAAUUCUAGAAAAAUGGUGAACGCUCAAAUUAACGAAUUUUGUUUUAGAUUAUAA